GAUCGUCAAUCCCCGGUCUCUUGUCUGCUUACAAAUACUAUAAUCUAAUCACUGAAUCAUUUGGGUUUGGGGGCUUGAUUGUAGCUGAACUGGACCCAACCUUUAACGAAUUAAAUCCUUGUGGUUCUAGAGGUUGGACCCAGUAUUGAUGGAUUUUUUUGGGCUUAUAUGGCCCAGUAUUCCAAGCUUUUAUCUAUUUUCUCUCUUAGUUAAUGGGCUUUCUUUUUCGUCCUUGAGGCUUUGCUGUUCAAUCCUCUGUUGUUCUUCUCUCAAAGCUUCCGCUUAAUUGAUUUUAUUGUCUGUUCGGUAGAAAAGAAAGAAAAAGAUGGGGAGCUAGUUGGAGGAUCAACCGAAGCUUCCAAAGGUUAAGACAAUAGCAUUGGUGGUUCUGGACGGCUGGGGUGAGAAUAAACCCGAUCAGCACAACUGCAUCCAUGUUGCCAAACCAUCAUGUCUCUCCUCUCCUACCCCUUUGUUCAGUUGAGUUGCCUUUAUCCAACCCAACCACGAAGGCAGACAACACCUUCCCCUAUGACCCGGCCAACCAUUUGUCAGUACAGAGGAAAAUAGAGUUGUUAUCCUGAUUUUAUAAGACAAGGCGGCCUUUGGUCUCACAGAUUUAUGUCUGUGUCUCAUCGUUGCAUUCGUUAUCUUAGUUACCAAACCAGAAACCUUCAAGCUAUUGCUUCAAUCGAAGUCUUGUUAAUAAAACAUCAGAAACGAUAUGCCCACAUCCGCCGCUCCCUCAAAGAAUUGCCCCUUCGAGAUAUCUACUCAUUUAAUGGUCAACUUGUCUCAUAUUUUCGGAAUGGCGACAUUCAAGCAACAUGGGCUCUCUUUUGUCACAUGCAUUUUUCAUGCUGUGACCUUAACGCAUAUACUUUUACACCAGUUUUGAGUGCAUGCUCUGCGUUGCCGGGCACAAAACAUGGAAAGCAAGUGCAUGGACUAAUGGUUAAAACAGGUGUGGAUGCGGGAACAGUAGCCAAAACUGCACUAAUGAACCUUUAUUCAAAGUAUGGAUGCUUGGAUGACUCAGCUAGGGCGUUUGAAGAAAUUGAACUGAAGGAUGUUGUGACAUGGAAUGCUUUGAUUUCAAGCUUUUUGAGGCAUGGUCUUGCUAAAAAAGCACUUGAUGUUUUCGCAACAAUGAGAAGGGAAAAAGUGCCCCAUAGCGAGUUUACGUUGUGUUCUGUGCUAAAAGCUUGUUCUUCUUUGAAGGCUUUUGAACAAGGAAAGCAGAUUCAUGGUUUGGUUGUUGUGUUUGGCCGUGAUUUGGUGAUUUUGGGUACUGCACUUAUCGACUUUUACUCAGAUAUUGAGCGUAUUAGUGAAGCCCUGAAAGUUUUCUCUAGUUUGAACAAUAUGAUGGACAGUGUAAUGUGCAACUCUUUGAUCAGAGGCUGCAUCAAAAAUCGAAAGUACAAAGAGGCAUUUUCAAUUAUGAGUAAAAUGAGACCCAAUGUAGUUGCACUUACUAGUGCUCUUGGAGCUUGCUCUGAAAACUCGGAUUUGUGGGUUGGAAAGCAAAUUCAUUGUGUGGCAUUACGGUUUGGGUUUACUGAUGAUACUCAAUUAUGUAAUGUCAUAUUGGAUAUGUAUGCAAAGUGCGGGAAGAUUUUGAAUGCAAGAUCAUUGUUUGAUGGGAUUUUACACAAAUGUGUGGUUUCAUGGACGAGUAUGAUAGAUGCAUAUGGGAGUCAUGGAUAUGGGCUUGAAGCUCUUGAGCUAUUCAAGCUGAUGGAGGUGAAAGGAAAUGGUGUUAUGCCCAAUUCUGUAACAUUUCUUGCUGUUUUAUCUGCUUGCGGGCAUUCAGGGCUGGUUGAAGAAGGCCAAAAGUGUUUUAAUUUAAUGAGGGAGAAGUAUGGUCUUGACCUGCAUCAAGAACAUUAUGCUUGCUUCAUUGAUGUUCUAGGUCGGGCUGGCCAAAUAGAUGAGGCAUGGUGUCUUCUCGAUGAUAUGAUUAAGAAUGGUACCAGGCCUACAGCAGUAAUAUGGAUAGCAUUGCUAAACGCUUGUAGUCUUAAUCAAGAUAUUGCUAGAGGUGAGCUUGCUGCGAAACAUCUAUUGGAAUUAGAACCAGACAAGCCUGGGAAUUACGUGCUGCUUUCAAAUUUCUAUGCCACUAUUGGAAGGUGGGAUUCUGUUGAUAACUUGAGAGAUAUAAUGAGGAAGAAAGGGCUCACUAAAGAAGCAGGAAGUAGUCGAGUCACUGUUAAACGCCAUAAUGACACUGGUACCAUUAGAGAUAGUCGUAUUGCCAGGGCAUUCCUUUGAAAAUGUACAAUCAAUUUCUUUCAUUUACUUUCAGUAACUUCUCUUGAAUAGAGUACACAUUGUUUUUAUUGGAUAUUUUGUUUGAAAGUUUUAUAACAGAAUCAAAUAGCAUCAGAUAUUUAUGAAGGACGAUAGGAAGCUAUUAAUU